CCAAUCGGACACAGAAGAAGGAAGGCGGACAGGGGAUGUGAGUGGAAAUGACCACGCCAGCAGGACCAUGUCACCUGCUGCUGAGCGCCUCCGAUAUAUCCUGGGUGAAGAUGAUGAGCCCCCCAACCCAACACUAUUCACUGAGAUGGACACUCUCCAACAUGAUGGAGAAGAAAUGGAAUGGAAGGAGGCAGCCAGAUGGAUUAAGUUUGAAGAGAAGGUGGAAGAAGGAGGGGAGCGAUGGAGCAAACCUCAUGUAUCAACUCUGACUUUGCAUAGCUUGUUUGAACUGCGCACUUGUCUGCAGGUGGGAACCAUCCUGUUAGAUCUCGAUGGCUACUUCCUGCCACAAAUCAUAGAUAAUGUCAUUGAAAAACAAAUAGAAGAUGGCCUUCUAAAGCCAGAGCUGCGAGAGAAAAUAAGCUAUGUGCUCCUUAGAAAGCACCGACAUCAGAUGAAGAAAUCCAUCCACCGAUCCUUGGCAGAUAUUGGCAAAUCUGUCUCGAGCAUAAACCGUAGCCCUGUCCAGAGUCCAGCUGCAGGAGCUGGCUUUUAUCGUUCUUCUGAAGACCUCCGUAUAAGGCAGAACUCAACUUAUGGAAGAUUACGCCACACCCAAAGCCGAAGCAUGAACGACAUCACGGACAUGCCAAGCACAGCCCAGCUCAGAAACAAGUUCAUGAAGAAGAUCCCCAAAAACGCGGAAGCCUCGAAUGUUCUGGUGGGAGAAGUGGACUUCCUGGACAAGCCUUUGGUAACCUUUGUCCGGCUUACACAGCCCACUAUGCUGGGUGGGAUGACGGAAGUGCCGAUUCCCACCAGAUUCCUAUUUAUACUCCUGGGUCCCACUGGAAAAGCAAAAUCCUACAACGAAAUUGGGCGAGCCAUUGCUACCCUUUUGGUAGAUGAUCUGUUCAGUGAUGUAGCCUACAAAGCAAGAGACAGAGAAGACCUGAUAGCAGGACUAGAUGAGUUUUUGGAUGAAGUCACCGUCCUUCCUCCAGGCGGGUGGGAUCCAAAGGUUCGAAUAGAGCCACCCAAGAAAGUGCCCUCUGCAGAGAAAAGAAAAUCUGUGUUUUCUCUGAGCGAAGCAACCCAGAUGAAUGGGGCAGCCAGAGGAGUGGCAGGGGGUGCGGGUGGGGGCAGCGAAGAAGAUCUUCCAGCUGUCCAUGAAAUUGGAGAGGAGCUGAUCUGGACCGGACGGUUCUGCGGGGGCCUCUAUUUGGAUCUCAAGAGGAAACUGCCCUGGUUCUUCAGUGACUUCUAUGACGGCUUCCAUAUCCAGUCCAUCUCUGCUGUGCUCUUCAUUUACCUGGGCUGCAUUGCCAAUGCCAUCACAUUUGGGGGCUUGUUGGGGGAUGCUACUGACAACUACCAGGGUGUGAUGGAGAGCUUCCUGGGAACGGCCAUUGCAGGGUCCGCUUUCUGCUUGCUGGCAGGGCAGCCCCUCAUCAUCCUGAGCAGCACGGGGCCCAUCCUCAUCUUUGAGAAGCUGCUCUAUGACUUCAGCAAAGGAAAUAGUAUUGAUUACCUAGAGUUUCGCCUCUGGAUCGGCUUACACGCAGCGGCCCAGUGCCUUAUUCUGGUGGCUACAGAUGCCAGCUUCAUAAUUAAGUACAUCACUCGCUUCACUGAAGAAGGCUUCUCCACUCUGAUUAGCUUCAUCUUCAUCUAUGAUGCCAUGAAAAAGAUGAUUGGAGCCUUUAAGGUCUACCCUAUCAAUAUCAACUACAAUCCAGACUAUGUGACCAUGUAUAAAUGCGAAUGCAUAGCUCCAGAUGCAGCAAAUACAACAUUAUUCAAUGCUUCAGUUCCAUUGGUACCAAACAAUGUUAAUAUUUCUAUGUAUAAUCCUAUGAAUGUAACAGUGCUGGACUGGACUCAAUUGAGCAAAAAGGAAUGCCUGAGAUAUGGAGGAAGUCUGGUGGGGACGUCUUGUAAAUUUGUCCCUGAUUUGGCCCUCAUGUCUUUCAUUCUCUUCUUUGGGACAUAUUCCAUGACUCUGACUCUGAAAAAGUUCAAGUUUAGUCGCUAUUUUCCAACCAAGGUCAGGGGCUUAAUUGCUGACUUUUCCAUUGUCUUCUCCAUCUUGUUCUUCUGUGGAAUAGAUUUCUGUUUUGGACUGGAUACUCCCAAGUUGCAUGUGCCCAGUAUCAUUAAGCCCACACGCUUAGAUCGAGGGUGGUUUGUGUUCCCCUUUGGAAAAAAUCCUUGGUGGGUCUACUUGGCAAGUGCACUUCCAGCUCUUUUGGUCACUAUCCUGAUCUUCAUGGAUCAGCAAAUUACAGCAGUCAUUGUGAACAGAAAGGAGCACAAGCUGAAGAAAGCCGCAGGCUACCAUUUGGACUUGUUCUGGGUUGGAGUCCUCUUGGCAGUGUGUUCAUUCAUGGGGCUCCCCUGGUAUGUGGCAGCCACCGUAAUUUCCAUAGCACACAUUGAUAGUUUAAAGAUGGAGACAGAGACCAGUGCACCAGGAGAACAACCGCAGUUCCUAGGAGUGAGGGAGCAGAGGGUCACUGGGAUCAUUGUCUUCAUUCUGACUGGGAUUUCAGUCUUCCUGGCACCUAUUCUCAAGUAUAUCCCCAUGCCAGUGCUGUACGGGAUCUUCCUCUACAUGGGAGUGGCCUCACUCAAUGGCAUUCAGGUAUGCACACAGGGGCUUCUGCUGGAGCUUUGCGUUUGUGCCGUCGGUCACCACUGCAUUUCCAGGAAGGAGCCCCCUUGCCAGGUUGGGCUUCUUCCUGUUUUCUAAUGAGGCCUGGUGGAAGAGGGUGAGACAGAAUUGGAAAGGACCCCUGGGAACAAGAAUGCCCCUUUCGA